AUGCAGCUGCCAGCCACAGCUCUUGUCAUCUGUGCCAUCGCGGCUGCUUUGCAGGUUCUCACGCUCCUUAAGCUGUUGACAGUCUUGGUGCAACGCCUGCGGAAGCGCCGAAGCUGGUUGGCACCAUGCUGUCGGGGUCUCAUGGUCGAAGUGGAGCGAUGGUUGGGAAAGGUUUCUGGCACAAAGAAGGAGAUCAAAGCCUAUCGAGAUUUGCAGCGCGCCAUUCUCCAACGUGCUUGCACAUGUUUCAUUGGUCUCAGUCUCUUCUACUUGCUGCGGGUACAGAUCGACCUUGCCCAGGGCAUCGAUGUGGCUUACCCAGCCUUGGAUAUUCCUGUCCUGGUAGGCUAUGCCGUAAGUUUGAGCGUGCUGGUGAUGCCGUGCGAGGUAUCGCCCAUGGUCCUGGAUACUUUGCACGCUCUCGCACAGCUACUCUGUGCCAUGGCAUUGUAUUUCUCGAAGACGGAGGAUUUGCCAACUGUGGCGUACUUGACUGUGACGCCGCGGCUAGUUUCUGCCCUUUGGGUCCAGUAUGGCUGGAAAGCGCUCGUUGGACACUGUUUGUGUAGUGGCGUCUUGUGGUGGCGAGAUUCACGAAUGGUGUCCAUUGCCCUUGGGACUCUGGCUCUCUUGAUGAUCCUGACCUGGACUCUUCAUGGCUCCAUAUCCGUCGCAGCAAAGCAGCGCCUGUCCUUCAAGACCAAGCGCGUUGCCAUGGAGUCGGCAACCGCACUCAUGAAUGGCAUUUGUGACUGCGUGGUAGAGCUAGACUCGACCUUGAAGCUUUUGGAAGAUUCCCCGCAAAUUGGCACCAUGCUUUUCUGUGUGAAUUCUGCCGCGACGAUGGCGGGAUCGGACUUUUUGGAUCUGGUCGAAAGUGAGGAUCGCGAGCGCGUGGAGUCUUUUCUCUCCGAGCCUUUCGUCCCCUCAGGCCGGGCCCCAUCCAUACUAACCCGCCUUGUGGAUUCUCAUGGCACCGCAAUCAAGACCGAGCUCUUCCAGAUGUCCUUCAUCGGAGAAGAUGGGUCGCCUUGCCGCUUGAUGGGUUUCAAGGAAUCCCCGGACUUUACCGGAAGCACAGUAGCACCCCUCCGGUCUGACAGCGCCACGCUUGUCAUGGACUCUUCAACAGAAGGGCCCAUUUCAGCGCUUAAAGACUACUCAAUCGUGUUUGAUGCUGUGACGUUUGAAGUUCUUGUUGCGAGUGAUGAGUUUGAGAACCUGUUCGCAAAAUGCACUGGCCACUUCUCCGAUUUUGAGAAGAUGAGCAUCUAUGACCUAUCGCCAGAUGUGGGUGCAACGUCGCUGAGCAGGCGGAUACAAUCGGCAGUGAAUUCAUUCGAUCAUGAAACAGGGUUGGUGGAGGCGCAAAAGACGCUGGGUAGCUUCAACCUCUUUGGUGUUUGUACAAUGGAAGCCAUUCUGGAGUUGGAGCAUGAUCCCGCUCUUGGGACCUUGGUUGGAACCCUGCGAUGCUUUGAGCACAUAGUUCACCGCGAGCUGCCGCUCAAGAAGACCAGUUCUCGAUCUUCUUCGCAAGGCUCGCGCCGAGACCGAAACAGGCGUCGCAAAGACGCCCUCCAGAGGCUGGGGCUCACUGUUGGCGCUGACGCUGGCACCCAUGCCCCUGCUCAUGGUGGACCUGACGGCCACCUGAUGUCAGCUGGCCGGUCACGCCCAAAGUCAUCGACAUCGCCAAAAGAAGGUGGCGACAACGAUAGAAUCACAUUGGUGUUGUAG